AUGGCUCGCUCAGCGGGCUUUUUCAGUGAAGAAGAGAUGAAGGAACGAGACCCACAGCUUUACCAUCGGCUGGUGGGACAAUACAUCGAUACGACCGUGAAGCUCUCAGAUCCCAUGCAAGGCAGCCUUAGCACCUACCUCAUGCAACAGCUGGAGAAAGAGUGCGAGGCAGAGGAACUUCAACUCAGCUGCGCCGCUGUGGAACGAGGCGAUGCAUCGAUGCCAGCACCCGCCAAGAGGCAGAAAGUUCACGACGGAGGUGAAGAGUUCACCAAUGAGGACUACUACGACGUCAGCGACACCGAGGCUGGCAGCGAUGACUUCGCAGUGAGGCGAGCCAAGUUCCUCAAAGCAAUGCGCGAUCGCUUUGUCGAUGGACUCGAAAGGAACUUCGACUAUGCCGCGCUGGACGAGGACUCCGAGCUGGAUGACGUGGUGGAGAUGGGACGCGACGCGGAGGAGAAGUACUUUGAUGCAGAAUGA